AUGAAUCGCUUGAUCUACUUUAUUAUCAUUAUAAUUCUCUCAGCGAUAUUUGGAAUGACGAACUCUCACCUCAUCAUGCAAGAAGAGUCCAAUAAAUUUCCCUUGGAAGUGAAACUGAAGAAUAGCAUUACUCAAUUCAAUCCCCUGGCCAACAUUAUUCGUCACAGCGAGAAUUUGGCGCUGAGAAGCUGCCAAGAAGUGUUUCAAUGGGAUCAGUGGAAUUGUCCGACGGCAGAUUUCAUGCUCAAGAGAACCACCAAUGUUAUAGACAAGGAGAGUGCCUUCGUGAAGGCAAUCACAGUGGCUUCAGUGAUUUACACUUCCAUUAAGAAUUGUUCGGCAAAUUUUAUGGAUUGUGGCUGCAAUUUCAACACUCCUGUGGUUGAUGAGAGUCAAGUUAAUAAGUGUUUGGAUCAUAUUGUAGCUUUGGAGAAACACUUCAUCGACACUGGAAAUUCAGAUAUUCAAGGAUAUACGGAAGCACACAAUUCACGAGCUGGCCGAAUUGCUGUUCAACGAGCUCUUAAGCACGAAUGCAGAUGCAGUGGAUUAACCAAUUCAUGCUCACUCGAAAUCUGCUGGAUGUUUCUUGGCAAUUUCUCUGAAAUUGCCGCUGAUCUUCGCAAGAUGUACGAUCAAGGCGUAAAAGUAUCGUCUGAUAAUACCGGAAGGGUUAAAAGACACAUCAAGAGAGGAUCUCUCGUGUUCUUGGAAAAGUCCCCAGACUACUGCAUGAAGAAUGUCAUUCAAGGAUGGCAAGGAAUGCGUGGGCGGCAGUGCUCCCGACGCAAGGAUGCAGGAUCAUCUCUGCAGGAGCGUCGAUCAUGCCGCAAAUUAUGCCGUGCCUGUGGACUCAAAGUGAAGAAGGAGAGAGUAAUCAAGGAAUCACCCUGCAAGUGCAAAUUCUUCUGGUGUUGCGACGUGCAGUGCGACACGUGUUCGGAGAGGGUGAACGAAUUCUACUGCUAUUGA